AUGUAUACACACCCCACCAGAUAUUCUGCUACAAUAUUUGCGUUUGGUCAGACCGGAAGUGGAAAAACAUUUACUAUUACUGGGCCAGAGGGUGCUCAGACCUCAGAUACAGUAGGUAUUGUCCCAAGAGCCUUGAAUUUUUUAUUUGAAAAAAUCAAUGCUAUGCGUAGUUCAACUCAGCUGGAAAGCAUCCGAAUCCAGGCAUCCUAUCUAGAAAUUUAUAAUGAACAUGUUCAAGAUUUACUCAAUCCCCACAACUCUGCACUUCCAGUUAGAUGGAGUGCCGAUCGCGGAUUCUAUGUCGAGAAUCUUUACAUUGUGGAUUGUGAUGGUUUAGACGACUCACUUGCUGUAUUAGAGGAAGGCAAAAACAGAACUGUUGCUUCCCAUGACAUGAAUGAGCACUCAUCUAGAAGUCACAGUGUGUUGACUAUAUAUUUGGAAACACAAAAUAAAGACGAUUCUAUGGGAAGAACGGUAAAAUGCCAUGGAAAGAUCAGUUUUGUAGAUUUGGCAGGAAGCGAAAAGGUAAAAGAAUCAAAAGCAGCUGGAGAUACUUUUGCUGAGGCAUUGAGCAUUAACAAAAGCCUGUUAAAUCUGGGAAUCUGCAUAUCUGCAUUAUCUGAUCCUAAAAAAAGAAAUGGACAUAUACCCUUUCGUGAUUCCAAACUUACAAAGCUGCUUGCAGAUUCUCUUGGUGGACAUGGCGUGACUUUAAUGAUAGCAUGUAUAUCUCCUGGAUCGCUCAACAUUCAAGAAACAAACAAAACGUUAAGGUAUGCAUCCAAGGCUUGUAAAAUCCAAACCAAA